AUGCCAUGGACUGUUACUGAUGUUGAAGGUGAUUGGGAAAUCAUUGACUAUCCUAAACAUCCUGAAUAUAGUGAUUGUAAAAUUGAAAUAAAAGGUUAUGGUCUAGAUCCAAAUAUGUUUAAACUUUAUAUACAUUUAGUUAAUGAUUUGAGUUGUAUUUUACAAUAUAAUUCUAAAACUCAUCUAUGGAAAAUUUUCAAUUUGUUUUCAACAAAAUUAAAUACUUCACAUGAACAAAUGGAUAAAUAG